AUGGGAGGCCCGCAUAGUCAACUUGUGCUACGCACAGCACGAAUCCAGCCUGCCUGCUCAAAAUUACCACGAUUGGUGCGCAAUCUGUAUAAUGCGGCUCCAUCCUCGAAACAACUACAUGACCCAUCGCCGUCAGAGUUAUUACGGUUCAUAUUGACAGAUUCAAUCAAGCCAAUUGAGAGCUCAAAUGCUGAUCUUGCAUCAUCUUCAUACCUUCGGGAACUCUUUUCUCACCCAUGGAAGUCUAAUUCUCCUCCUCCUCCGUUGUGGACUUCCCUCAAAGGGCUAGCCCCGCACAACGAAGGGCUGUUGCAAGGACUCGAGGCUCCAAACGCCGGCAUAUCUGCCCUCAAAAGUCUGGUGGAAAGAUAUGCAAAUGAUGAGCAUGGAGCUGCGCUCUUACAGGCUCAAAAUGGGACAUUUCUCCGACUUGCGCUGCAGCGUUGUCAACUGCAAAAUAACUUGCCUGAAAUUAUUUCCGUGAUAAGCGAUAUUAUUGCAAGACUCGAUCGCCUUCAACUUCCCGUUCAACCGGGCACUUAUGCCACAGGGAUUUCCUUUGCAAUGCUCCAGCUUUCCGCUCCUGCUCUAGGGCAAUUCGUAGGAGCUCAUCGUUUGAAGGGUAUGUCGGCCAUAGGUCUAAGGGAAAGUGUGCGCAUAGUCAAGAAUUGCUCCGAUGCACUUGAUCACAAGGUUUUCGAGGACUCACAUUAUGAUCGAUGUCUCAUGCUUGCAGCAAUCACUGGAGAGGGAGACCUUGUUCCUCAUGACAAUAUCAGACUGCAUGACAGUUUGUACUGGACGCAGCCCAGUGACAAGAACGACAUACGAUAUACUUCUCAACUUAGUGCUCAAGACUACAUUAGCCUUCUUGCCAAGCUUGGAAGUGGUGAAGUCUUUCAUACUUGCUGGAGCAGCUUUUUGAAAAACGUCCAGCCCAAGAAUCACCACAGCUGCUUUGCUGCCUAUCAAGUGGUGCUGGCCUUGAUCCAAAGUACCAACCCCGAGGUCGCAGUGAACUACCUGGAACAGGUCUCUCAACUUUGCGGUGACAACUUGCCUUUUAUUGCGAGAUUCCCAAAUCUCCAAAUAUUGAUUGAUGACCCAGUUGUAGGCGAUGCCCUGCCUGAUUUGGUGAGGGGCGAAGACUAUAUCGAGCUACUCGACGUUGAGCUUGAUAAUAUGGACCAGCGAAUGGGACUACAGUGGAACUCAGACUGCCAAGAACAUUCAAGCGCAGCCCUAGAGCCCUCGGAAGCAAUCCGGGAAGCCUUGGGGGAUCAAUACGUGCCCAAUGUUGGUGUCGGAUCUGCCGACUCAAACAACGCUACUCGUACGCAAUUAUGGGCCGAGCUUCGCGCUCGCGGCUGUUCCAAAUCACCAGCUGCAUUGAACGGGAUCGUCGAUCUACUGCAUGAUUACAAUGGACAAUCGGUCGAGGUAGCCACGCACCUUGAUUACAGCAAAGAGCGACUGCGGGAAUUCCGCUCGAGGUUCGGAUCUGUUGAAUUUCGGUGGGCGCCCGAGCACUCACCGAUCGAAUUCUCUGACUCUCGCAUUCCCCUUUUGCAUGAAUUCACCAGACCGCGCACUCCAUUGAAUCUCGGGCUCAUUCGGGCCCGUUUGAUAGUUAGUGGCGUACCUCAGUCGGGCGCAAGUUCUUUACAUUUGAUGCAACUCGGUAACAUAUAUCUGCGAUAUGGACUAGAUGAGCCGUGGCAGUUAUCUGGAUAUAUCCUUGUGUGGGACCGUCAUCUCGGUGAGCUGCUUGGGCUUUAUGUCGGGCAGACCUCGGGGGUUAUUGACUCUGGACCAGCGUCGGUUGGCCCGUUUGGUGCUUUGAUGCACAUCAGUCCCUCAUCAAAUGCCGGUGAAAGAACAUCAUUGAAUGAUAUGGCGACUCGCAAUUGCUGGGGUCCUUACUACCUGGAUAUUGAUCCAUGUCUCGAUCUAGAGUACGGUCUUUCCGGUGAAACGGAGCAAUGUGAAAAUCCGUAA